UUAAUUCAAACGAAUCGGACGCCUCGUUCCAAUAUGAAAUACUUAGCAAUUUGUGCUUUCAUUUUUUGUGCAUAUACUGUUGCGGGAAGAAGGAUAACAAACACAACGGACGUACACAAUGCAGAUCAUAAAAAAACCAAUGAAACACAGAUGUGCCACUACAGUGAUCCGGACAUCGCGAACUGUAUAAAGCGUAUGGCUGAGCAAGCGCGGCAAGUGCUGGCCCACGGCAUACCCUCUCUCAACAUACAGCCCCUCGAGCCUCUCAAAAUACCCAACAUAAGACUGAGGCAACACAAUGCUCCUAAAUCAAGCUUCAAAUAUGAUGCGUGGUUUUCUGAUGUUGAACUCCGGGGUCUUACUAAUUACACAUUCAAUAAGUUGGAUGUUUAUCCACAAGAAUUGAAAGUUAAUACGAACAUAAGUCUGCCGCACCUCGCCAUGAGCGGGGAGUACGUCGUCAUCGGUCAGUUCCAGAUGUUGCCCGUUGAGUCCACGGGCAAAAUGGCCGCUAACUUCAGUAUGUGUACAGCGGCUUUAGAAGCGGUCGGUGCUAAGGUCCACAAAAGAAUAGUGGUCCGCGACGCCAACGUUAAGCUAAAAUGUGGGGGACAACUGAGCGCUGACCUCAUGGAGGCACACUCCACAACACAUGAAAUGGAAAUGAUAACCAAUCAUUUAAUAGGAAUGCACUCUUCAGAAAUAGCGAAAGAAGUGCAGCCGGCUGUUGAGACAGCGCUCGCGAUGGUCCUAGAAGAUAUCGCCAACAAAUUCCUCAAACAUAUCCCAUCUAAUAUGGUUUUCCCGAAUUAA